AAGUACUAAAAAUGCCAUUCGACUGUAAAGUAUGACAGCCGAUUGACCUUGUUGCUAUUUCUCGAUCGAAAAGGUAUGAGAAGAUGUACAACCAAGAGCAGCGAGGAUUUACCGGCCCUGUCGAGAUAUUGGAAAGAUAUAAAGUGCUGUGGGUGGAGUGGAAGGAAGUUGUUGCAUAUCGUCUGGCCAGUGGAUGGGUUAAAAAAGGAAGAAUGGGACAAGUUGGAACAGGAGGAUAUAUCACUGGUGCUGGGUUGAUGCUGAAGUAUAGGAAUCAUCGAAUAUAGACCAGAGAUUAUCCAAUCAGAUAUAGCAAGAC